GGAACGCUCAAUAUCCCUUUGUAUGUCUCCUGUCAUGGACAGAACACUUCUCGGCUCUCAUCAAAGAGAGACAGGUCAUUCAUUACCUGGUCCAUCUUCUACUUCUCAGGUGUAUUAUUCUAAUUUUUGCCACUGUCGAAGUGAAAAUCUGAUUGAAUGGAUUUUUGUAGAAAGAUAUGCAGUACUACGAAUGGACAUUGAUCAUUUUAAUCAAGAGAGCUUGACAGGAAUAUAUUCCUAUUUUGUUCCUAUCUUGUUCUGAGCAUAAGGCUUGAUACGUAAUGCAUCUCUAUAAUUGUCAAUGCUGCUAACUCCUUACUCAGACUUAAUCCAGUUGGAGCUGUACUCCAAACGAUAUGCUUGAAACCUAACUGCUAGCUAGAUGCCAUAAGGAUCGCCAAUUCAGCUCGAAAACUUUGAGGACAAAGUAUUAAUCUCCUGGUAUUUAGAAGUGGGCUUUGUAAGAGGUCAGGUAUGAAAGUGCAUUAGCUGAUUAGGCAUCCAGGUUCGAGGAACGACGGCGUUAAGGACUUACUCCUUAAUCAGAGAUCAUUACUAUUUUUUAAUUAUUUUCUACGAGGAAUGAACGACAGACGAAUGUUUGAUUUGGUGUAGGGCGACAGAUGGACAUUGUUCGUAAAAUGUAUCACUAAUGUCAAAUAUUGGCUGCAUUCGUAAAUAUAUGACAACAUGGAGACAACACAAGCACCUGUAUACGUGACUGAGAUCAUCAGCGAGACAUCUAUAAGCAUCAUCAUAAAGGAGGUCACUGUAAACCAAACCAAUGUAACAGAUAUAUCAUUCGGAUCAAAGAAUAUUCCCUGGCCUCAGGUGUCUAUCAUGAUCCUGGUAUUAAUCUUCGGUGUCGUAGCCAAUCUCUCCAUCAUUUGGAUCGUACUGAAGAACAAACGCCUACGUUCAACACCAAACAUCAUCGUGGUGAACUUGACAAUUGGAGAUCUCCUGUGUUUGAUUGUCAAUCUACCAUUCAUCAUUGACUUUCACAUCAGGCGAGAGCGACACUGGGUCUUCGGUGAUUUCAUGUGCAAGUUUGCCCAUAGUAGUAUGGUGACCAGUGGAUGUAUCACGGUGUAUUCUCUGAUGGCAUUAGCCAUUGAGAGAUAUCUUGCCAUCGCUUGGCCGUGGCGUAACCGUGACAGCAGCAGAUGCGUAAGGAUGUCUCGAAGUUGUUUCUGCGGACCCACAUGGCAAAUUGUAUUCUUGAUAUGGUUAGGAGCGUUCACUGUCGGAGCACCAAUUUGGGUUACAGCCGAAGUACUGUACUAUCAGUUCCUUAACUACAGUGUAUGUAUUCCAUUGAAUAUUGGAGGCCACUUUGCUCGGGGCUACGAUGUAUUUCGCUUACUGGUGGCAUACCUUUUCCCGCUCGCCGUCAUCAUCAUUGCUCAUACUCUCACAGCACUUGCUCUACUCAAGAGUGUGCGGGGUACUGUGACAGGAGCAACUGAACAAGUGUGUUCCAAUAAUCGUUCCACACCUCGUGUUCGCUCUCGGGUCAAGUUGGCCAUUGUCAUCAGCAUACUUUCUGUGAUGUUCUUCAUCGCUUGGCUCCCGUUCUAUGUAUAUAGCAUGUGGGUAGAGUUCCAUUAUACGCAGGAUAUUUUCGAGGGAAUUGCGAUGCAUAAUUUCCUUGCGUGGAAAGACAUCCCAAUUUACCUCCUCAGCUGUCUAAAUCCUAUCAUGCUAUACGUCCUGAGUACUCGGUUCAGAGAGCAGCUCUAUCAAGAUUUAUUUUGCUGCAUCGCAAAACAGAAUUUUGACUGGAGACCAGCAGAAACCUUUAGUUCUUUGAAGAGUUCAUUCUUGACGGCGAGUACCUUCCGGGGUCGUUCAACCGUAGCCAGAAGAUCGUCCCCAUCCAAACACGACCCAAUGCUUGCUAAUGCAAAUGAACUCACAAAAUUCUAAGAUAAUAUAUAAUUGAGUUAGGCAAGUCGAUACGUUCUUUUGGGAAUGGAAUGUAUAGACUCAUCCACAGCAAUCCGUUACAACACGAAACAGAUCUAUAAAAUAACAUCAAUAAUUCUUACCUUCCCAACCGAUAAAAGCAAACCUGGUACAUGAAUGCAGUCCUCUUUCAGAUUGGUGGCAAUAAUGUCAAAUUUUUCAUAUUCAUAUUCUACUUUUUUAUUGCGGUCAGUAUACCAUUUACACUGUUUACAAACAAUAUCUACCAAAAGUGUAUAUGUAAAAUGUAAUUGCCACUUUUCUCAGAAAAUAGGUUUGGAAUUCAUUACUAAUGUCAGUGAAGGAACGUCAAAAUCUUGAAAAGUCAGUUUGGUUUAAGUAAAUCUGCCAUAUGAUUUCUAUAUCAGCCCCCCCCCCCCAAAAAAAAAAAAACAAUAAAUAAAUAAAAAAAAUUAAAGAAAUACAUUUUGAUAAUGAGAUGCAGCUUUGGGCGUUUCUAAGUAAUUUAUCUCCCAAUUUCAUGCAAACUGAAAUCAUUACUUUGGUGUUGAGGUGUCAUACAACAACCUUUGGAUGAUAUAAUAAUAUCAUGACCAUGAUUACCAGUUUAAAAUUAAACCCAAGAAGCCUGAGAUAAUAACCAAAUUAUAUAGUAACCAAAUACUGCCCGAACCGAAAUGAUUCUGUUUAAGGUUGUUAUUUUUGAUCUGUCAAUUCUUGUUAUUAGGCCGAGGUGGAAAGACAUGUAUUCCAAAGUGUGUCAUGUCACAGUAAAACGGUGUUUAAAGUUUUAUACAACGCCGUUUACUAUAUGAACCUUACAUUUGUUGUUUAAUAGUUUAAACAACCAUGUUUAAUUAAUUGAGAAUUAAGUAUCAUAAAUUAAACUUUGUUGUUUAAGAUUUUAAACACUUCUAGAAAUUGUUUAAACAACUAUUGUAAGGUUCAUAUGGUAAAAAACGAUGUAUAAAAAAUGUAAACAUGGUUUUUAAUGUGUAGGUAUGGUGGAAAUUAGAAUGUGACAAUGAUAGGAGUUCCUAUCGAGACAAUGUGCUUUGCCAAAGGAAAAUAUGAAUAAUGUUUAGUUUAUUAAUGUGAAAGUGAAUCACUGUUAUGUUGAUCCAAAUUAAGGUUGAGGUCCAUAUUCAUGAAAUCUUUGGUGAGCCUAGAUAGUUACAACACAACUGUAUACCGUGGAUGACGAGAUUAGAUUACGGACACAGGUGGCAUGUUACACAAAUAUACUUAUUGAGUGCAAUAAUGUUUGAAUAGUGUAAACAGGUAAAAGGUUUUUGUACCGAAUCAAAUCUUACUUUCGUCUUACGCCGUGAGAGAUCAAACUUGGAUAGAACGUGAAAGAAAAUUUCAAGGUCAGUAUAAAUACUUUUUCUCGAAAAGUUAACCCGUAUAUACUGUAAAUCUUUAGCUGCAUGUGAACAAUGACAAAAAAAGUUUUUCUAAAGAAUAUGUUUAACAACUUGUAUGAAUAGUCAAUACAUUUUCUAGUUCAAUUCUUUCGUGUAAAAUCCUUAUAAUGAACGUGUAUUGAUCACGUACAUGAAGAAUUAUCUUUAUGAACCUUUUUCUCUUACUCAGUUUUCAAUUACUUUCCAUGAUUGUAUAAAUAUACCUUGUGUACAAUGAAGUGUUAAUCUGCACACAUAAUUUAUAACUAUAACUUUGCUUUCAUAUGUUUGUCAAGACUUCUUUUCUCGCCACUCAUAUGUUUGUAUGUGUGUUAUCACUUGAUUUGAGAUUGUGUUUGAUAAAUGGGAUACGGAAAUAUAAUGGCGAAUUAUAAUUACUUUGGAAAAGGGGGAUUUCCAAUCGCAAUCGCUGAUUGUCCUGUCCCUGAUACUACAAUUCUAAUUAUCACUCUUCCGAGCUAUGGAUUGGUUUUGGCGCCAUUUCCACUUACAAUCAUAGCUGCAAGAUUGUUGUCAUAGCCAUAUCGGUGUUUUAGUGUAAUUUAUUUAUGCGGGAGGAGUAAAACACAAAAAUGGAGGUAGAAUGUAACAUAUCGUAACAUGAUUGUCUUCGUCUUGGUCAAGGUGGUUAAGAAAUAUUUUUUAUAGUUGUGUUUUAAUGAAGAUUAUUUAAUUGAACGUAUUACAUCACAUCGAUGAUUGUAACAGGUAGAUGUGAAAGAAAGCGGAAAUAGAUGUGUUUUUCAACAAUGUUCAUGAUAUUUUGUGAACGUGUAUUCCUUGAAACUAGUACUUUGCUUGACCAUUGAGCAUUAAGAGAUGAGAUAUAUCAUAAUGUAAAUAUUUGAUUACGAUUGUCUUUGAAAGUGUGAAACAGAAGAGAGUAGUAUUAAUGCCUUUUCAUGUAAAUAUUCUCGUGCACCAGAUUCUGUAAACAAUGUUGGUAUUGUACACAAUGUACGAAAGAUGAUUUAUAAAAAUAUAAUAUAUACUGUACAUGUAUAAAAUAGUCGUAUCUUUUUUCAAUGAUAAAUAUGGCCAUCUUUUUGAUCGCAAUGAUGACAAAUCUUAAUUCGCUUUAUGAACUUUUAAGAAUUUAGUAGGUGAUAAUAUAUUUUGUCAGUGUUUGAUUCGAGUAUUUCAUCUUAGAGUGUGACGCUCUAUUCUGCUGUGUGU